UUUGCAUUGGCAAAAUUUGCUACAGGACAUCCAAAAAACAUGUAAUUAGCUGGAGGACACCGUAAAAACGUGUAUUUGGUGUAGUGCAUCGUAAAAAACUGAUAAUUGGCUGCUGGACACACGUAGCAUUAUUUUAUUAUUUUUAGAGGAAAAGGAGAGAGAAACAAUGAUUAAAGACAAGUUUGCCCUUGGCUCAAAUGACUCCAACGUGGGCCCCACAUGGAAGUCCCCUCUCCCUCUCCCUCUCCUUCUUCCCAGACAGUCCGGGUGGCGGAGCGGCGAUCCGCGGCUGCGGUGCUGACCACGUUCUCCAUCAGGAGGGGGGGUUUACGUGCAGCCACACCGCCGCGCGCUGCCGGCCGUCGGCGCUCAUCUGCGUGCUCAGCUCGGCGAUGAGCUGCGCGCUCAAGUGCGGCGGCGGUGGCCCGGCGCUCGUCUCCCUCUCGGCGUCAUCGUAUUUACGGUGUCCUACAACAAAUACACGUUUUUACGGUGUCCUCCAGCUAAUUACACGUAUUUUGGAUGUCUUGUAGCAAAUUUUGUCUCGUGUAUUUCGUGUUUAAAUUUGGAAAUGAGCAGCGAAUCUAGAUGCGGAUUUGAAUUUUGAAAUUAAUGAAUCAAUCGGCAGUUGUAUGGGUAUUUUUCGCUGGCGGUUGUGCAGCUGCAUGGGUGUUUCUUUUUGGCUCAAAAUAGAUUUUCACUGGCGGCCGAUUUAACACAGCCGCUAGCACGCUGGCGGCUGGCUUAAGACGACCGCCAGCGAAAUUGAAUUAUCAGUAGCGGUCAAUAACCGUAGCGAAGAUUUUGAUCUUCACUGGCCUUUGCUUCGUGGGGGCUCUAAAUUUCGCCAGCAAAAAUCUAAAAUAGCCACCACGAAAGAUAAUUUUUGUAAUAGUGAUAUUGAAUAGGACCCACCUAUGGAUAUUGCCUCUAUUGAAGAAAUAAGCUUCCUUGUAUAGACUUGACCCACCUAGUAAACGAGUUACAAUCUACGUUGGUCAUAGCCUUAUAUUUUGGAACGGAGAUAAGAGUUUAUAACUGUAAAAAUAUUUUACCGGUCCGGUGUGUAGAAACCCCUGUUGGCGUUACUAGGUACGCCUCUCACUGUUAAAAAAAAAUAUCCUGAGAGGCUGAGUGUCUGAGACACAGCUAGAGUGAUCCAUGGAUUAUCUGCAAAGUAAGUAUAUACAACGCGUAAAUACGAGGAAAGCCAAGACGGACGACGCGUAGUGAACGAGUCAAAGCCUGAGAUGGCUCAAGAAAGUAGCUGCCCCGCGCGCGCGACGGCGAUGGCGACGACGCGCGCGCUACCGUAUCCUUCUUUCUUCCGCCGCCGUGACUUGAUCCCUACUUCCAAUCAGCUACUAGACUUCCGCUCCAUGUAAACGCCUGAGCACGCGCGACUCACGUGCGUGCUCACGUCACCUCACCGCCCGGCGCCCGCCAUGGCCAUCAUGCACGCGCGCUUCGAGGUCUCCGACGUCGUCGGCGGCGACGGUUCCAGCAGCGGCGGGAGCAGCCCGGCGUCGGUCUCCGGCCCGUCCGACAGCGACGGAUCCAGCUGCAGCAGCAGCAGCGCCGCCGACGAGCUAUUCCCGGACGCGCGCGAGCUUCCCUCCACCUCCGCCUCUGUGCCGGUGCUCGCCGGCGUCGGCUUCCACCCGAUCUCUCCGACGUCGCUGUCCGUGCUCUCCGACAUCGACGUGCACAUGCAGCGCAUGGCGCGUCUCCUCCCGGCCUUCGCGUCCCCCGCCGCCGCGCCGCGCGCCCAGGCGCUGGGUCGGUGGCUCGCCGGGUUCGACGUCGGCUGGGUGCUGGAGAUGGACGCCGGCGGCGGCCGGCUCCCGCGGCGGGAGGUCGGGAGGAGGGUGAGGGUGUGGGCGCAGGCGCUGAGCACCAUGGACCGCGUGUUCCGCCUCCGGCACCGGGAGGCGCGCAACCCGGCCAACGAGGCCGCGGCGGCGCAGCUCGCCGCGCUCGGCGAGCUGGCGUCCGCGAGCGCCGGCGCGAUGCUGAGGCUGGCCACGGCCGUCGCGGCGCUCGGGGCCUCGCCGUCGGCGCUGCUCGCGGCGCUCGACGUGUACGUGCCGGUGUCGGAGGCGUACCCGGGCCUCGCGAGGAUGUUCUCCUGGAGCACCGCCGCGGCCGACGCGGCGCUCGCCGCGCUGGUGGACGCCGCCCGCCGCUGCGUGCGCGGCCUCCCGGCGUCCAUACGGUCGCACUACCCGUGGCGGAUGCCGCAGGGCGGCGAGGUGCACCCCUGCGUCGGGUUCUGGAUGGGCUACUUCCGCUGCAUGCUGCGCAACCGCGUCUCCCUCUACCUCGUCCUCGCCGGCGGCGACGGCGGCGAGACAGCGACGACGCCGGCUCUCGCGCCCGGCGGCGAGGGAGGCCUAGUGGCCGACCUGAUCUCGCGCCUGGAGGCCGUGCUCGAGGAGAAGUCCGGCGAGCUCGCGUUCCCGGGGCUGAGGCAGGUGUUCAUGCUGAACAACACGCACGCCAUCGUGCGCCGCGCCGUGCGCUCCGACCUCGCCAUGUUCCUGCCGCCGGGAUGGACGCGCGCCCGGGAGGAGCGCAUGGAGGGCUACGUCAAGAGCUACCUCGACGCGUCGUGGGCGCCCGUCGUGUCUCGCCUCGCCGCCGCGGCGACAAAGCCGGCCGCCGUGAGCGUGCUCCGGCGGCGGCGAGACCCGCUGGCGGCGUUCAACUCGGCGCUGGAGAACGCCUGCAGCGCGCAGAGAUGCUGGAAGGUGCCCAGCCCGGUGCUCCGCCGCGUGCUCCGGCGAACCGUGUCGGAGCACGUCGUGCCGGCGUACCGCCGGUGUCUCGAGGCGGCUGAGACGCCCGCCGCCGCGCGCACCGUCGAGGAGCUGGAGCGCCAGCUAUCGGAGUUGUUCGAAGGGUAGAGUAAAAUUUUGCGCUGUUGCUUUUGUUGAUAAAACAAAGCGGCAGCUUCUGCAGGUUUAUGCAUAUCUUGGAUUUGGAUUGUUUUUAGAUCAUUUUUCUGAUGCAUUUCGAAUACUCAGUUCUGCAGAAGGAUAGAUUGAUGAUAAUUAGUUAAUUGCUGUAUAUAUACCAAGCAAUACAUAAUUAGCCAGGAUA